AUGGAGGCAAGGAGUCCAGCCCUCGCUGCAUCUCAUUCUGCAUAUAUUUCAUCACUCUUUGGUGAUCGAUCUGCAGGGGAGAGCCUCGUCUACGGCUUCUCAUUGCCUGGUGUUAGUGAUGAUAACAUGAAAACCUUGCCGCUCUCUCAAGACAUAUCCCUUUCGUCGACAAGAUUUCGGCAUCCUAGCUCUCCGUAUUGUUAUGGACAUAGAAACCAUGACGAGUAUGAUGCUCGACGAAACAAGUAUGGGCAACACUUAACUUCUCACAAGGACUGGGUCAUGAGAUACCGGGAUGACCGCAAAACAUAUAGACAGGGAGACACUCGUCACAGGACAGGCCCAUACAAGAGACAUAAUGAUCAUGUUUGGCGUCAGAAAAAACAGGAUGGAAUAUCAGGGUAA